AUGCCGUCCCAAAAACUGAUAAGUUUGGCUACGGCAAUAGAGGAAGGUCGAUAUGAUCCCGCCACUGCGCAGUAUUGCAACCCACUGACAGGAGAACUACUUUCACUUUCGAAAGCUGAGAAAGUAGGUGUCGUAAAAUGCCGUUUGGAUCCUGAAGAAAUGGCACGAACUGCUCAAACUCUGGAACGGCUACAAAAACUGAUGGACACAAGCAUUCCCGCUGUACAAUCUCCGUACUGUGAAGGAACAAUGACAGUAGAGGAGGCGAUAAAGGCAGGAGUCCUUAACGUACAGCAAGGAGAGUUCAGGAAUCCCAAGACAUCAGAGGUAAUGCCCCUUACAGCAGCAUUGAAGACUCAGAAAGUUGAUCCUCAAGCAGCUGCAUCGUUACUUGAUGCUCUAGAUAAGUUGUCACUGCAGCAAGCUAUAGACGAUGGAUACAUUGAUCCUACCACUGGGGAGUUCAUCUCAAGUCAGGGAGCAAGACCCAUUUCAAUACAGGAAGCUAUUAGUCAGGGACUUCUUAACCUGGAUAAUGUCUUCGUGGUGGACAAGGACAACGACAAUAUAGUCUCACUAGGAACACUUGUGGCAUCUGGAAGGUUUGAUCCCGUCUCAGGAAGCAUGAUCGAUCCUAAUACUGGGCAAAAACUGUCCUUGGCCGAAGCCAUUGCACGUGGGGUUAUCGAUGCUGGCAUUCGGCCAGACCAGUUCAUCGACUCUUCUGUCACUCUCAAAGAGCUUAUUGACUCUGGCAGAGUGAACCCAAGGACGACUGAUUUCUGUGCUCCAAACGACCACAAGAUGUCGUUGCGGGAUGCACUAGCAAAUGGAUUCCUGACAAUGAACUCCAAAGUGAAAAUGGACCUUGACUCUGGAUGUGUGAUUCUUGGGUCCGAUGAAGAGGUAGUUAGGGCUUUAGUGGACAUUCGCGAGAACUCAGAGUGGCUACAUGGUAUAGAACAGGCUCUCGUUUCUAGACAGAAACCAAGUCAACGUUUGGAGCGGAUUCGUCUGCAGAAAGAUGCUACAGAGGCUUUGAAAGCAGAGGUUCAAAAACAUGAACCGGAAGUGACCUCAUCCAUACAAUUGUCUGAGGAGUUGAUCGAAAAUAACAAAUCUCAGAUGAAGGAAGAUGGAGCCCAACAGUUGCAGAAGCUGCGCUUCAAUGUGUCAGAUCUUAAAGUGCGCUUCGACGCGGCUUUUGGAGAGACGAAAAGCAGGUGUAUUAGGCUUGACAAGAUGGCCGAUGACCUUGAGGAAUUUUACAACUCUCUCCAAGACCUCGACCAAUGGCUUGAUACAGCCAUUGAAAAGUCACAGGACUUACAGACGUCACGGGAGGACCCGGAAAUACAACACAGAGAGUAUAAGGAUUUCGUGGAGGAAUUACAAGAAAAGGAAAUGGAAAUGAUGCAAACAUUUAAGAUGGCCGACAGCUUCAGAGACGGUUCUCAGGAUUUCGAAAGGGAAGCUGAAACGUAUAGACAGAAAAUCAACGUACUUCCACCAAUCAGUGAAGAGGCUGACAAUGACAUCAUCGAUGACGAAAUCGAAGCUCUCGAAGCGAAGUACAAAGAUAUUUCCAGAGAUUGCGCCAAACAGUUAGAUAAACUAUCUUCAAUAAUGAAAAUGAAGAAAACCUUCGAUGAUCUUAAUGAUAAACUAAAUGGGAUGUAUCCCAGUAUUGAAAACAAAUUACGUGGUAUUAAUGACGAAGAAUUCGGGAAAGUGCCGGAAAGAGAUACAAAAGAUUUGUAUACAUUAAAGGACCUUAAAGCCGAACUUAUCGGCCAGGAACGUCGCCUCAAAGACAUUACGCAAAUGGGUGAUAAGUUAGGUAAAAGCCUUAAUGAUAUGAACAUGAAGAAAAAGUCAGAUGAAGUGAGAAAAGCAGUGCAAGAUCACAAACAGAUUCAUGAGGCGCUGCAGAAGGACAUUACAGACAAGGAGGAACAAUUGGACACAGCAGUUUCACAACAACAGAAUGUAUUAAACCGCCUUGAUGGACUCUAUGAAUGGAUGACAGAGUGUGAAAAUAUUCUCAACGAGAAAAAGCCGAUAAGUUUAGAGAAAGAUCGAAUGGCUCAUCAACUUAAGGAACAAAGACUAAUGAAUGCAGAAAUUGAAAGCAAUAAGACUUUAUUAGAAAGACUCUCAACAGAAGCCGCCGAUAUGUCAAACGGGGAUGAUGCACAGAAGACUGUGUUUGAUCUUUCAGAGAGAAUCGUGGAUGUGGAAGGGAAGGCACAGAACUCUACAUGUCAGCUAGAGGAUGUGGUAGGCAUGGUGAAUGAUCUUGAGGCUAACAUUGGUCAGAUGGACGGUUGGCUGACCGAUUCUGUUGCCUCCCUUAAAACCAGGAACAGGGGUGCUAGUCAGAAAGCAACUAAAGCACGAGUGGACGAACUUUAUCAGGAAAAGCGAGAACGAGAAAUUGACAUGGAAAAUCUUCGGGCAGCUGCUAGCCGUGUGAUGGAUGAUGAACGGGUAUGUGACCAGUUCGCCAUGAAAGAAUGCCUUGGUGAGGUGGAAGGCAAGUGGCAUGAGCUCACCGAACACCUUGUGCAACAAGUUUCACUAGAGGCAUUGACAGAAAUUGACGGUAUGCUAAAAUACUUAGACAAGGCUGAAAAUGAAAUCAACACAGCAGAACCGAUCAGUAUAGAACCGGAAACACUUACUGUGCAGUUGAAAGAUCACCUUUCUUUUAACGAUGACCUGAAUCAAAAACGCAAUGCGGUGAAGGACAUAAUCAACAAAUGCAAUAGAAUGCUUCGUGAAACGACAAACUCACAAACGGAUGAGAUAAAAACAAGAUUGGACAGUAUUCGAACUCAGGCCGACAUCGUGUGUCAACUGAGCGCUGACAGGUUGCAUCAAUUGGAAGCUGCUUUGCCAUUGGCCACACACUUCAGUGAAAAUCAGACAGAAAUCCAAGGAUGGUUGGAUGAAAUGGAGGCGGAUAUAAAAUCACAAGGAACGCCCGGGGAAAAUCUGGAACAAGUCCGGAAGCAGCUGGAUAAUCUUAAGAGUUCCCUGCAGAAGGUGGAUGAUCAUAAGCCAUUUAUUGAUGAUCUAAACGAUACCGGCCUGGAGCUCAUGGAAUUAUGUGGUGAUGAUGAUGCUGGAGAAAUUCAGAACAAACUGAUUACUUACAAUGGACGCUAUGAGAAGCUAAAAGGACUUUCAAAAGAAAAGGAACAGGAAUUGACAAAGUCACGAGCUCAGAUGACCCAGGACGUGUCUGAUUCACUGGACAAUCUCUUAGACGAUCUUUCGAAUCUUAACAGGAAUAUUACCACUGCUAACCCGAUACCAGCCAAUCCUGACAAACUCAAAGAUGAGCUGAAAGAGAACCAGGUGCUGAUGUCUGACCUUGAGCGCCUGAAACCUUCUCUGGUCAGUGUGGAAGAGUCGGUAAAGAGGAUGUUGUCACAGGGCGUGGAUGAUCAAACUGAUGGAGACGAUCUCAGACAAAAAGUGACAGAGAUAGCCACCCUUAAUAACCAAAUCAGAGAGGGGACUUUAAAACGCGACAGGGCACUUCUUGAAGCAUCUCAGGUAGCGGACAGAUUCUUUGAUGUCUGUGCGGAUACCAUGUCAAACCUACGAGACCUUAAGGAUAACCUUUUGUCACAGGAACCGCCUGGUAUUGAUCCUGCUACAGUCAAAGAACAACAAAAGGAAUUAAAGGAACUCCGUAAGGAGUUGGGGAAGGCUCGAUUGUCCCUUGAAGAAUGUCGAGAAUCAGGUGAAAAAUUAAGUGGACUCUGUGGCGAUCCUGGACUUGUCGAGAUACGGAAACAACUCGAGGACAUACACAACAUCGCAGAUGAUGUACAUGAUAUAUCUCGUGAUCGUGAAGAUGACCUGAAGAAUGCCCUCUCUCAUGCAGACAAAUUCCAAAACCUCCUUGAUUCCAUUACGGAAUGGCUUCCCAUGACAGAACAGAAGCUAGACUCCCUGAAGCCCGUGUCUUCUCAGCCUGAGGUAGUCAAACAACAAAUAGAAGAACUAAAGGUUUUUGCUGGCUUUUAUGAUACAAAUGGGUUUUCAAAAUCCCAAAUCCAUCCACACGUAGUCGAUAUGCAGCAGUUGAACCAAGAGUUAUCUACCCUGAAAGACAUGUCACCAAUUGCAGCAGAGUCUCUACAUCGACCGGUAGAGGAUGCCAAUGGACGAUGGAAUGAUGUCUUGAAAAAGAUCGCUGAUAGGGAGGCAAAGUUAAAAGCCAUGCAGUUGAAGAUAGGAGAAAUAGAAGAAGGAAUGGAUGAAGCUAUAGACUCAUUGACGCGGGUUCAUCAAGACCUGACUGGUUUUGAUGACGUUUCAGGGGAUCCAAAAUGUCUCGAAACACACAUGAAAAAAUUACAGUUACAACUAAGUGAUCUGAAAGCCCAGGAGACCAACUGCAAAAACCUAAGCAAUGCUGUCACUAAACUUCUAUCACAAGAUGCGGAGGAUAGUCCUGCACUGAAGGAGAAACGUGACGUCAUGAAUGACCUUAUGAGAGCCGCUCAGGCAAACGGAAAAGACAAAGAAGCAAAGCUUCAAGAGAGUCUCAGACAGGUUAAGAAAUAUCUGGGCGAUGUAGACGACCUUCUACAAUGGGUAAACGACCUGAGAAUGGAACUCAAAUCGGCCUCUCCUUUUGGUGCACUUCCGGAAACAUCCAAGGUUCAAUACGAGGCUUAUUUGGCCCGCUACGAAGCAUUAAAAGACAAGGAUGAGUUAAGUCAGGCGCUGAUUGCCAAGGGUCAGAAAAUAUGUGAAAAAUGUGACCCUGAGGACGUUACGCAAGUCACGGACCGGCUCCGGAAGUUGAAAGACAGAUGGAACGAUACCAAAGACCGGGCACAAAAACGAAAGGAAAAGCUCUCAGAACAUCUUGAAAAUGUAGACGAGUUCCAUGGCACACUUAAAACAUUUACUGAUUGGCUAAAUAACGCCGAGAUUGCCAUGCGUAACUUUAAAUAUCCUAGCAAGCUAGUAGAUAAAGUCACACUACAGCUGGACGAUCACAACAAAAUGAAAGAAGAGCUAGACCAACAUUCAGAGCGGAUGCAGACACUUGACAGAACUGGAAGUUAUCUCAAACAUUUCUGCCGAAAACAGGACACAAUUUACAUUAAAAAUCUUCUAGUAGGCAUACGACUACGAUGGAAGAAACUUCUUCGCAGAACUGACGAGAGAGGGCGUCUUCUCAAGCAUGCGUAUAGAGAGGAUAAAAGGUUCUACGAUGCCUGGAAGGGUCUUUGUGAUUGGCUAGACGAGAGUUCAAAGACGGUGUCAAAAUUUAUGUCGCCUGUGGCCCAAGGGUCAGCUACGAAAGAAAAUAUUGAUGACUUAAAGAAAAUAUUUGCUGAGGCAUUUCAUCAGCGGUUCCAACACGAGCUCGCCGGUAAACAUACUACAUUCUACUCAGCAACACGUCUUGGUAGGAACCUCAAAGACAGGUGCACCAAAUCUGACCCUGAAAGGGAGGUGCUACAGCAGAUGCUCGAUGACUUAAAGGAUAGAUGGAACUCAGUUAGAUCCGUGAUAUCAAGAAGCCAGAACAAGCUGGACGAGGCGUUACUAACGUCGGGGCGGGUGACGGACGCUCUGACGUCACUGCUGGAAUGGCUGGGCAAGGCGGAAGCCACCCUGGCGGAGGACCAGCCCGUCCUAGGCGAUUUGGAUACCAUACAUAUGCUCAUUGAGCAGCACAAGGGUAUGCAACAGGAAUUAGGGGCUCGGGAACAGACUGUAGCAGCAAUGAAGGCUGCCGGGAACGUAUCAGCCGCACACCUUGAGGAGCUGGAAAGCACGUGGGAUCGGGUCAACAGGCUCAGUGACCACCGUGAAAACAAACUGCGUGAUUCACUUCAACUGGCGGAGGAAUUCCAAGAUGUUGUCCAAGUGAUGAGGGAGUUCUUGCCUCAGGCUGAAGCUGAACUUAAGUAUAAAGCGCUUCCCGAUGAUGAGGUGGCAAUAAUUCAGUUAAUCGAGAAGCACGAGAAAUUUCAAGAGGAUCUCAGGAAUCAUCAGGAAUGUGUAGACAAAAUAAAACUUUUAGCGGAAGAAAUUUUACAAAACUGUCAUCCAAAUGCCAUACGAUUCGUGAAAUAUUACCUCACCAUUACACAAACAAGAUGGGACCAGUUACUGCAACGUGCGAAGAACAGGGGUCAGAGGUUACAGGAAGCACUGCGCAGUAUCCAAGGCAACGCCGCCCUUGUGGAAGAUCUCUUGGCUUGGCUAACAGAUGCCCAGGUCCUGUUGUCUACCAAAGAGAGGGAUCCCAUACCAGAUGACCUGAAAGUUGUAGACGAUCUUUACAAGGAUCAUGUGGAAUUCCACGAGGAAAUUACAAGUAAAAAUAACGAUGUAGAGAGAUUAACCAAAAUUAUAAACGCGGAGCCGAAGUCCCCCGGACGUAUUCACGGCAGCAACAUGAAGCUAAAUGAAAGUGACAUCUUCAAUCCACGGGUAAUAACCUUACAAAACAAAUGGAGGAUUGUAUGGCGCAUGUCCGUUGACCGGAAGAAGAACCUACAGGAUGCUCUGGACACUCUUCUUGAGUUGGAAAGCUUUAAAACGUUUGACUUUGGUGUUUGGAAGACCAAGUACUUGAAUUGGAUUAAAGCCAAAAAGAUGCGGAUAACAGAUUUUUUCAGACGCCAGGAUAAGCGCGGUGAUGGAUUAUUACUCAGGGAUGACUUCGUCAACGGGAUGCUGAUUACACGCUUCCCUACUAACCGGACAGAGCUUCACGCAGUAUUCGAUAUUUUUGAUCGAGAUGGAAGAGACGUAAUAGAAUACAAAGAUUUCAUUGAAGCAUUAAAGCCUACACGACAUCAAAAGACACGACUGAACAGCAGUAACCGGCAGAUGACGGAUGCAGAACUGAUCCAUGAUAAUAUUGAGAAAGAAAUAUCUGGCUGUCAGUGUAGAAACCCAUUCAGAGCAGAGAGGCUUGCAGAGGGAAAGUACAGGUUUGGUGAGAAACAGAACAUACGACUUGUGCGGUUCCUCAACAGUACAGUGAUGGUGCGAGUUGGCGGAGGCUGGGUCACACUAGAUGAAUUCUUAGAAACAAAUGACCCGUGUCGAGGCGAAAGAGUAAUAUAUCCCUCAACUUCAACUUCAAAAGGACGAACUAAUUUUGACCUCAGGGACACCCUCUCACCAGAAGGACAGACCAGUUUCCGGACCCGAAAGGGUAGUGGCACGUUUGGCUAUAAGUCCAAACUUAACGAUACGGGAUAUGCUUCGUCGGUCUCCUCAGCCGGAAGUUCUGGGGACCGUUCGUUGCGCCGAAGUAGGGUGACUUCUUCAAUGAUCAAUCUUUCUGGGGCAGGUGGUUCGCCCUCAGUCAACCGGAUUCACAAAAACGCAGACUUUGGGUCAACUGGAAGUCUCACAAGAACGAAGCGAUUAAGCACCUCUACCACGAAUGUAACCUCGCCGUCUAGCUCGCGCUCGCGCAACCCAUCGACGCCAUCUCGGCUAAACAAUACAAUAUCAAGGUCGACAACUCCUCAACCUACUCCGACUUAUGUUUCACGUUCAAAGACGCCGACCCCUAGGUCGACAUCAUCUUCCCGUCCAUCGGGAACUCCAAACAGAACAGCAACGACUCCUACCCCCAAAACAUCAACUCCAACACGCACAGGACGGACAACACCCACAUUCACCGGAAGGUCAACCCCCUCGGGUCGAACCACACCAACUAUGACAAAUGGAACUAGUGGUACCAGGAGACUUCCCUCAACACCAAAGAAUGUUCGGUGA